CCCCAUCCCUCUCUCUCUCCAUCUCAUAACGGGCUCUUUGUAACUGCUUCUCAUUUAGUCUUUUCUUCGUCUCGUUUGUCAGGAUGGGUGCAGGAGACUGAGGCUGACUCUCCACCAGCAGAACCAGGUCGGGAGGAUCACAGAACAACCCAGGAGCAAGCCAAUCGGACGAGCAUUUGCUCUGGUGCAGCCAACCAGUGAUAGGCCUGCUCUGAAGCCUGAACUAAUCAAACCCUCUGAGGAAAAGACUGAAAAGGUUGAGGUCAUCAAGGUGUAUCUGGAGGAUCGUAGACAGGAGCAACAGAGACACCAGCAGAGCCUCAAGAUGUUGUCAGAUGAAGUCUCCCAGAUACAGGAGGUGAGAUACUGUCUGAAGACCCUGAGGGAACAGAUGGCAACCAAGAACAAAGGACAACACAAGGUUCUUGCUAGUGGCUACGGAGUCAGCACUCCCUUCAAUCAGAACAUCUCUUCUUCCUCAAAGGGAGGAGCUAAAGAUGAUGGGCAGGGAGGGGAGGAUGAGGUGGAGAGGGACAAGAUGAGGGAGGUCAGUAAGCGUCUGUAUGCUCAGCUACAGGAGGCCGAGAAGAAACACCAGGAGGAGAGAGAGAGACUGCAGGCUGAGGGUGUGGAUCUGCGCCAGCGUCUGGGGGAGCAGGAUGAGAAGCUGAAGGGGGUGGAGGAGAGUAGUGAGAGGAAGGACCAGAGGAUUGAGGAGCUCCAGAGGCUGCUGGGAGGCAUGGCGCAGGAGAGCCAAGCCCUACGAGACACACUGAGGAACAGAGAGGAGGAACUCAGAGAAUUACGCAAGAUCAGAGAGGAGGGCAGGAACGAGGAGCAGAGGUCAGAGCAGUUGGAGAAGGAGCUGGCCAUUCUGAAGGAGAAGAUCCAUCAUCUAGAUGACAUGCUGAAGAGCCAGCAGAGGAAAGUCAGACACAUGAUCGAACAGCUGCAGAACUCUCGUAUGGUGAUCCAGGAGAGGGACCGUGUCAUCAGAGAUCUGGAGGAGAAGGUGGCUUUCCUGGAGGCAGAGAACCGGGAGAUGCAUGAUCAGAUGGACUACUUCCUGGGAGGUGAAAGGUCAAACUCGCACCUCUCAUCAGACCGCCACGCCCAGAUUGUCUACAGUAAGCCUUUGAAGCCCAGCAACUCGUCCAACAAGCCUCUUCCCUUCAUCAAAAUCAUUGAGACCAAGUCCUGAACUGGUGAAAGCGAGGGAGAAGGGGCUAACCUAACGACACCAAACCUGCUAAGCUAAACAACAACGGACUGAAAUAGACCACCACCACAUUACUACCACACCAACAUCACAGUGCACGUAUGAAGUUUAAACUGAGGUGACCACAACAUCACAUCAACUGACCACCAGCUACGACCAUCACCCAUCCAUGGCCACACUCCUUCGAUAGGACACUAUGCAGUGUGUGUGUGUGUGUCAGAGGAGGCUGGUGGGAGAAACUAUAGGAGGAGUGGCUCAUUGUCAUGUCUGGAAUGGUAUAUAUGGAACAGUCAACUGUUCCCAUAUGUUUUCUGUGUUUCAUACCGUUACAUGUAUUCCUCCUAUAGCUCCUCCCACCAGCCUCCGUGUGUCUGUGUGUCUGUGUGUGUGUGUGUGUGUGUGUGUGUGUUUGUGUGUGUGUGUGUGGUUUUGGAUUGUGUAUGGACGUUGAUGUAGAUAUACUUAUAGAGUUGAUUCUCAAUAGAAGUCUAUUUAUUCAUAGCAGACAGAUUAUUCUUUCUAACUCAGUGUCAUAAUCUAUUGUCAUCUGUUGAAGUCCGUCUGAAGGACUUUACUACUGACAGAGAGGACCAGAGACGGUGUGGUAGCACUGUGGUUAGUAAGGGUCUGAUAACAGACCGAGUCUUUGGCCUCAGAGAGGAGGCAACCAUGCCAGGCUGGGCCAUAACAGAGAAAUAAAAUGGCUGAUGAGUGAGAGGGGGAUCGAAGAGAGAGGUGGGGGGUAAGAAAUCUGUAUUAAACUAAUCAGAACACAACCAGUUUGUCAUCUUUUUACCAUGGCACCAAGGCAGGAUAGAGUGAGUGUUAUUAUUGGAGAAGCAGAAACACAUUAAGGAUAGAGGAUAUAGUUUUCCAUCAAACCCUUCUGUAACCCAUUAACCUACUUCCUGUGUCUGUGGCCUGGAGUCCACUGUUAGAAUCCUCUUUAUUUGACACCUGAAAGAGAGGAAGACCAUCUUUGACUUUUUGUAAAUAUACUUAUAUGGUCACGUAACGGCCACAGUGAUGUGUCAUGGUUUAUACAAAGUUAUGCAGGCCAUGUUUGUUAUUUUGUUCGUUGAGAAAGUGGGAUGUUUGGUCUAGUAUGUGUGGAUUAGAAUUCCCCUCACCAAUACUGAUGUCACUUUAAAGUCUAAAGGAGAUGAAGAUUCAUUCUGACAAGUACUUACUAACCUUGUAAGAAGUUGACAUUAUCCACAUUUUUGCAUGCAUUUCAGUUACCUGCUGUUUCAUCCACCAUCACCAGCUUUGUACAUAACUAUAUUUAUUUGUUUAUGUGGUGUUCUUUGAUGUCCCUGUAGUCUCACUCUGGGAUUUGUUUGUUAGUUUUAUCCUUCAGACAGGAAUGUUUGGCCUGACACUUUAGUGUGUGACAAUCAUCUUUAUGUAUUUAUGUGAAAAUACAACUUUCAUUUUAGGGAAAAAAAUUUCACUAGACAUGUUAGUGUGUGUUAACAACAUAUAUACUUUGUGUUUUAGUUAUUUUAAUAAAUAUAUGAAAAUA